AAUGCUGGAUCCAAGAUUUCCCAGCCAUUAUUCCUAAGUAUUAGAAUAAAUAGAUAGUAAUUUUGUUUUAAAGUAACAAAAGUGAUAUUUUGAUUUAAAUGUAUGCAUGUAUAAUUAUUUUAUCCACUGUAUAAGCAAACAUACUUCGUUCACAUAAAUAACUUUAAAUACUGCCAAAAAUGGAUGAAAUCUCGCAAAAUAUCAACAACUUUGAAUCUUUACUCAAGAAACGUUUAACUAAUAAGCCCCUAGCACUGUACGCUGGCAGUGGACACAAAAAUACUACUGAAACUAGUAAACUAUGUCCCAAAGAAGUAUUAUUAAGUGUAACAAGACAGGUAAAACUGAUGCAGAAUGCGGACACAGCGGGCUGCAGGCGACUUGGUGAUACACUUAAUAAGUACAAGAAGAGAGGAUUCUUGCCCGUUAACAAGAUACCAGUUUACACAGAGGUACCCCAAAAACUCCCUACAAGAUUCGAAACACAAUGUGUCUCUGACACGCAACUGAUCAAUGUUGUAGAAAACGCUGAAAUCAUUGACAAACACAGAGGCGUUACUCAGGAAUUUGACAAAACAUUUUGUCAAAAAAGUGACAAUGAUACUGAUGAUGACAGCUUAAAAUCCAAAACAAUAAUAGAUGCAGAAAUAUGUAAAAGUGGAAAUGAUAUUAGUAAGGACAAAAGAGAGGUGACUAACAAACUUAGUGGGUUAAACACUCAAGAUAGUAAAAUGUUUGACAAUACUGAUCUUACUUGUGCCAUGGACACUGUCACAUGUUGUGAAAAUGAUGUGCCAAUUGAUUUAAAUGAUGAUGUUAAUUUAAACACAAGUCAAGAGACCCAAGGCUUUAAUGAAUGUGUGGAAAUUUUUGAUGUCUCUGAAGUUGAUGCAGAAAGGUCUGCUAGUCCUGUACUAAAUACUAUUAAAGGAAGUGCUACACCACCAUUAGUUGUGGAUUUGUAUACUUUUGAAAAAUUUGAAGAUUUAGCCCUUCCCAUUAUAGAAGAAUAUGGAGACCUUAAGUUAGCUAAAAAUAUGAUAAAUUCUCAAAUUAUAGGCAGAGAAAUAUCUAUAACUGAUCAUUUUAAUGAACAAGUUGGCAGGGAUAGUCCAGUUUUAAGUAAAAUUGAAUGUGUAACUACAAAUAUUAAUAAAGAAGAAGUUGAAAAUAUAUGUACAUGUAGCAAUAAAUGUGUGGAUAGAGAUGUAGAGUAUACAAAUGAAUCAAAUGACGAAGAUGUUAAUUUGGGUAGUGGCAACAAGGCAGAGGCAAAAUUUAAAACAGAAAUUAAGGAUGAGAUCCUAUUUAGUAGUGAUGAGGAAUAUGAAUAUCUACACAAAAAUGUCCAAGAAUUACCAUUGACAUGUGCCUUGGAAACAUCUUUUUAUGAUAGAUCAGAUGUAUUAGAUAAAACUAUGUAUGUAGGAUUUCAAACUGCCAGCAACAAGUCUAUACAAAUAAAUACAGAUUCGUUUACAAAAGCCAAAAGCAUAUUAAGUGAUAUUGAUAAUGAAGAAACAGGAAAGUCUCUCAGUGAUUUAGUAGAGAUAUUUGAUACUGGUAAAGCUGUAAGCGCAAAUGAAGAAUGUGAUAAGUUAUAUAGUAAUAAGCUAGAACAUGAUACUUACAAAGUCGAAGAAGAUGAGAUUAAGGAUUUAACAACACCAUCUUCAAGUGCCAAUGAUUUUACGAAAAGCAAAGACGACACACAAACAUUUUUUACUUAUGAACGAGACGAGGAAGUUAAAGAUGAUAUUGUUAUGAGUCAAAUCAUACAAUGCAAAAAUAUAUCAAGAUCUGGUACACUACAUAACAGUAUUAUUUCUGAUUGGAAAAUAAGUGACGCAGUGAAUUCAUCCCCAAUAGAACCAAAUAAAGAAGUUGAUGACGAUAUCAUCAUCAGUCAAGUCAUACAAUGUAAGAGUAUAUCAAGAACACCUAACAUACAUAAUUUAAAUACUGCAAGUAUAGGUCAAGAAUCAUUACUUCCAAAUGCAGGUAUUGCAAAAAGAAAAUUGGAAGGUUUUAAAACAGCCAGUAAUAAAAAGAUCAAACUAUCAGAUAAAGCAUUAGCUAGAUGUAAAAAAGUAUUUCAAGAUAUUGAUUUAGGAGAUUCUGAAUACGUAAGCUGUAAAUCAGACGUUGUCGAAACAGAAGUAAAUUUUCUUGAAGAUCUCAAGUCUCAGGAUUUUAAUGUUUCGUAUGAUGACGGUUUAAAAACAAAUUUUGAUACAACAAGAAUAGCACAUUUAUGUGAAAACGUAUCUGAUGUUGCUAAUACAAAAACAAAUCCAGAUGUAAAUAAUGGUGAUUCUAAAAUAGACAGUAUUAAAGAAGAACAGCUUGGAAUUAAGGAAGUCGAUUUGCAAAUAAACGAUAAAAUUAUACUACAAGAAUUUGAAGACAACGAAAUGCCUUUUGAAGAAACCAAUAACAACACCUUCGUAGGUUUUAAAACUGCUAGUAAUAAAAACAUAGAUGUUUCUGUUGACGCUGUGGCAAUAACUAAACAUAUAUUUCAAGAUAUUAUAACUGUCCCUACUGCAAAUGAUUGUAACAGUGCAAUGAAAAGCGCUAGAAAUGUAAUUGGUGAUAGUGAUAAAAACGAUCACGUAUUCAAAAAGCCUGCAGAUUUUUGGAAAUCAACUACAAAUCAAACAAAAUCAUCGAUAGACUCUUUGGACAAACUAAAAAAUAACCACCGUGAAAGAUGUAACAGUGAAAAGCCUCUGUCUAAUGAAUUCAUUGGUUUUAAAACAGCUUCCCAUAAAGAAAUUAUUGUAUCAGAACAAGCUAUGGAAAAAACUAAAGAUAUCUUUAAAGAUAUUGAUGAAGAAGUAAUAAGAAAUGCCGAUAAUAAAGACAAAAUUAAUUUAAAAACCGAGAAGAAACAUAUUGAUAAAGACGAGUUUAAUUGCGCAAUAGACACUCAAGAUUUUCUCGCAGAAGAAUUGACUCGUAUUGAAGAUUUAUUCAAAGACAAGAGUAUAGAAAACCAACAAUCUAUUAGUCCUACAUUCCGAGGCUUUCAGACAGCAAAUCACAAACCUAUAAAUAUUUCCGAGAAAGCUUUAGAAAAGAGCAAAAAACUAUUAGAAGAUAUAACUAAAAAAGAAAUUGACGUUAAAUGUCAUUCAAUAGAAAACAAAGUUGAUAUAGACCACAAUGCAAUCGAGAAAAGCAGAGUUACGUGUAUUGAUAAUUUGAACAAUGAUACAGGUAAAUUCAAUGGUAACAAAAAUAAACCAAUUUUUACGGGCUUUCUUACUGCCAGUAACAAAAAAGUGGAGGUCUCGAAUAAAGCGAUAGAGGCUAGCAAAACAUUAUUUAAAGAUAUAGUACUGUCUCAACAGGAAAACAUAGGACAAAACGAAGAAGCAACUGAGAUUUGUGAUUCUGAAAUUACCAACAAUAAAAUUAAAAAUUUGGAAUCAAUAAUAUCAGAAUCUGAUAGUAAAGCAAUUCAAAUAUCAGGAACAGCUUUACAGAACCGAGCAAAAUUUACUGAUGGUUCAACAGAUACUCAUACAGAACCUCCUACUUUUGUAAGAUUUCGAACAGCUAGUGCUAAACCUAUAAACAUAUCUGCUCAUGCUAUGGAGAAAACGAAAAGGUUACUCAGUGAAUUUGAACUUAAAGAUGGCAUAAUGUUGGACGAAGUCUACUGGCAAACAGAUGCACCCAGUAUAUUUGUUGGUGCUGUAAGUGAUAAUAAGAAAAAUACUAUAUCUGCCAAAACUCCGGCUAAAAGUAAACAAAUGCUGAACGACGUUAAAUUGAGAGACAACUUUAACAAUGACAAUGACUUUCACGAUGAAAAUAUAGCAAAUAAUUCUGUAAAGACUGAAACCAAAAAUAUUCAACAAGGAUAUGAAAUAACUGACGAUCCUUACCAAAAUUCAACUAGUCAAUUUAUUGGUUUCCAAACGGCAAGUAAUAAAGAAGUCAAAAUUUCAAAAGAAGCUUUAGCUAGAAGCAAACAAAUGUUUCAAGAUGUUGGUCUUGAUGCUAAAGAAUGUGACAUUGUUGAAAAAUAUUCUCGACACGAAGAAAAUACAAAUCCAGUACUCAAAGACUUUAAAACGGCUAGCAACAGGAUAGUAAGUAUUUCAGACAAGCAAUUGCAGAAAAGCAAAGAAAUCCACAAUAUGAAUAACGAUUUAACUAAAACAAACGUAGAUGCUCUAGUGUUCAAAGGAUUUCAAACCGCGAGUAAUAAGAAAGUAGAAAUAUCAGAAAAAGCUCUAGCGAAAAGUAAAAAGUUGUUUGAAGAUCUAAAUUUGAGUCAGCUAGACAAAGAUCCUAAAUCAAUUUUAGAUAUGCAUGAAAAGCAUUCUGGUGGAUUCGAGACAGGUAACAAGUUAAUCGAAAUAUCGGAACAAAAGUCAGCAAGAAAUAAGGAUGUACUUAAAAAUGCACAUGAUGAACAUGAAAACGACAGUAUUAAAACUGACAGGUUCCCAGCAUUUAAAGGGUUCCAAACUGCAAGUAAAAAGAAUGUACCUAUAUCAGAAGUAGCACUAGCGAAGAGCAAAAGAUUGUUUGAAGAUAUGAAUCUCAGUCAGCUGGAUAAAGAUGUAAAAAUACCCGAAGAUAAACACAAUUUUGUAGGUUUUGAGACAGCUAAUAACAAAAGAGUCAACGUAUCAGAACAAGCAUUGGCAAAAACGAAAGUUAUAUUUAAGGAUAUACAUCUUGAAAAAGAGAAAGAAAAGCUAACGAAAGAUACUACUCCAGGUUUUAAAGGAUUUCAAACAGCGAGUAAUAAAAAAGUGGAUAUAUCAGAAAAAGCGCUAGCUAGAAGUAAAAAGCUUUUUGAAGAUAUGAAUUUAAGUCAGCUAGAUAAGGAGUCAAAAAUGACAGAAAAUGAGAACUAUGUUGAAGGCAUUCAAACAGCUAGUAACAAAAAAGUCACAAUAUCAGCCCAAGCAUUAGCAAAAACCAAGGAAAUUUUUGUAGAAAAAAAUUUUGAAAACGAUAAUGAUAGUAAUAAUUCAACUAAAAAUGUAAAAAAAGAAGCAGUGUUUAAAGGGUUUCAAACUGCAAGUAAUAAGAAAGUGGUUAUAUCAGAAAAUGCACUAUCUAAAUGUAAACAGCUUUUUGAAGACAUGAAUUUGAGUCAGCUUAAUGACAAUUCUAAAACUACAGUCGAUUCAUAUAAAUUACCAACUACAACAGCUAAGGAAGUAAACGCUCCAGUUAAUGAUCAUAAAAUUAAUAUUGUUAAUUUCGAAACUGUUGCAAAUAAGAGAGUCAAAGUAUCUGAACAAGCUGUGGUGAAAAGUAAAAAUGUAUUCAAAGAUAUACAAAACGAAAACAAUGAACAAUAUAAUCAAGAAAUUAGGACUCCAGAAAACAAAAUGUCUACAAACAAAAAUGUUAAUAAUGAUGUAAUAGACACACAAGUGUUAAAUGAUUUUCAAGAAACUUUGAACACGGAAGAUUUUAGCAAAAACACACCAACAUCCAAAAGAUCUGGAAGUCCUAUUCUUUCUUGUCCCAGAGCUAAAAAAAGGAAAUUUGAAACACCGUACAGAACAAGUAAGAAAUUGGAACCGAAAAACCCUUUUGUACCACCAAAGUUAGCUAAAACAUAUCAUUUCGAUGACAAUUAUAAGAAAGAAAAGAAAUUCACACUGAAAGAUAUAGAACGUCUUGAAAAGGAAUAUACAAAAUCAAAAAUAGAUCCAUAUAUACGAGAAUUUAACAUAGAAAAUCUACAUAAUUUUACAUUUAAAGAUAAAAGAAAUGAUUAUACUGCUGAGAAAAUUACUACAGAUGACCUUAAAAGAAUCUUUCUUGGUUCAGUGAAUAAGAAAAUUGUACCAGAUGGCUGGUUAGAUAAUCAUAUAAAAUUAAUUAUAUGGAAACUGCUUUCAUAUGAAAUAAAAUUUCCAAAUGUCAUGGAAAACACAUGUACGGUCAAAAAUGUAUUGGAACAGUUGAAAUAUAGAUACAAUAGAGAAUUAUAUCAUGUGCAAAGACCGAUUUUAAGAAAGAUUUUGGAGAAAGAUGAAGUGGCAUCGAAAACUAUGGUGCUGUGUGUUGCGGCGAUAUAUGUGGACAACGUCAGUGUUGCCAGUGUGAACCCGACAUCACAGAACGUGGAAUUGCUGCUCACUGACGGAUGGUACUGUGUAAAAGCCUGCUUGGAUCGUAUGCUGGUGAGAAUGGUGACCACUGGCGCUAUUGUGGUAGGCACUAAGAUGGCAGUGUGUGGCGCUGAGUUGAUAAACUGCGAGCAAGGCGUAGCACCCUGGGAGGACACAUCGUCUGUCCGUCUAAAACUCCACGGCAACAGCAUCCGCCGAGCCCGCUGGCUCGCCCGCCUGGGUCCCCGCACUGACCUCAUCCAGUGUCCUCUAGGUGCAGCUAAAGCAGAUGGCGGUAGAAUGGCCGCCACAAGAGUGGUGGUGACGAGGGUGUACCCCCCGCUGUACGUUGAGAAAAUGGAAGAUGGAAGUACGGUAACACUAUCGGAGAGAUUAGAGCAGAUUCGUCAAAUGAAAUACGAGUCGGAGCGGCAAGUUAUUAUGGAGAAACUAUAUGAAGAAGUGGAGAAAGAAAUGUCAGAUCAGGAAUCACAAGACUCUGAAGGCUAUUCGAACGAGAAAUGUAUGGAUAGCGGCUCGCAAAUAUCCAGAAAUAUGAAGAGAAGCAGAGACCCUGACGAAUACAAAUCUCACCUAACCAAAUCUCAAAACCGGGUGCUAGAAGAGCACGACGCGAGACAGAGAGAGAAGCUGAUAGAGCGAGUGAGAGAGAAGUUCCAUCAGAAGCUAGAGAAGCAUGGGUUGAAGAGUGACAGAAAUGUGGUGCCGCUGUUCAAAGCGAGGGUGGCUGGUGUGACGGAAAAGGGGGGGAAAGUUGAAAUAAGUAAAGGCUACUUGUCAAUUUGGAAACCAUCAGCUGCUGUCUUAGAGUUGUUGACCGAGGGCGCCUGGAUCGAGAUCCUGAACAUCAUCCCUACUGGGAUAAGGAAUUCAGAAAUUCAGCUUUCAUCGGGCAGACAGACAAUUUUCAAUCCAUACAAACAGACAAAUGACAAAUUUAAACAGUACAUAAAUACAUUACAGCGAAUGUGCUAUGAAAUCAAAGAAAUAACCCAAAAUCCUUCAAUGGCCACAAAUAAUAACGAAAUAGACACCGUCGGCAUGAUAUUCUGCAUAGAACCAUCGACUAAAGACUUUAAGGAGCAAAACUUCCAAAAUGUCUACCUAGCGGAUGCAGAAAAAAAUAUUAUCUGUGUCAAUUUCUGGGGCGGAUUAAAAAAAUUCGGCUUCGAAAAUGUUCUAGACACAGGACAGAUUGUAACUUGCGUUAAUUUACAGAAAAGAGCUGGUAACACCAGGAAAAGUAUACCACAGUAUAGGGUGACAGAGUUUAGCUAUUUCACAAAAACGCCUAAGAACAAAAAGGCAUUGGAAAUCACGAAUGAACUGACAAGCAAACUGUCAAAAGUUAAAGACAAAUUUUGUGAAGAUUGUCUUGUUUUAAAAAACAAUUAUUCCAUUUUCAAAAGGAGGGACAGUGAAAAUGUAUCGCCGUAUAGAUUUGACUAUAACUUACCUAAAAAUAUGGGGUCUCCGCUGAAGAAUUGUGAUGCAAAUUUAAAUCUUACCGGCUUGGAUUUUGAGUCCAGUUUCAAUUCGCAAGAAAUUUCCCCACAAAUGUUGCUUAGGAAAAAGAAAGUCAACGAGAAAAUUGAAAAAAUAAGAUUGAACUACGGCGAGCCGCCUCCUUUGAGCUCGAUACAUAUUAUAAACAAAUCGAAAAACGCCUCUGCGACGUACAAAAGCCCGUUAAUUUCAAAUUUGGAACGUUCAAAAAUGGAAAGUCCCGGCGUACAAAAUGUUGCCAGCCCUGUGACAGUUAACAGAACUUUUGUGAAAAAUGUGAAUCCUGUGAAAUUGAAUUUUUCUAGUGAAAAUUUGGACGAGAGUGUAGAUAAUUUUGCGGAGGAUUUCGACGCCAGUCCGCCAUUGAGCCUUGAUUCCGAUAUUUUAAAUUAACAAUUUUUAUGAAUAAUGUAAAUCUGAAGUUUAUAUUGUACCAUAUAGUAACUAGAGUUAGACCAAGAUAUAAGUCUGCAACGAUUUUGAUAGCACACGCAGUGCAAGUGUUAU